AUGGAUCUCUUUUACCAUGUUCGUACCACUUUCCAGGAUGAGGAUUUAUGUUUAUUCACGGUGAUAGCUUGGAUAAUUUGGGCUGAGAGAAAUAAGAGUCUCCGUGGAGGUGUAAUAAGAGACCUUUUAGCAGUUGAUGACACAUCACUAGCCUUUUAUAAGGAUUUUGUUGAUUUAUGUCCAUCUCCUAGGUUACCUCGCCAUGUUGCUAGCUACUUCUUGUUGGAAACCUAUUGA